AUGGACGAAGGGCUGGAAUGUCGCGACUCCUCGGCGGAGAAGCGCUACUUCCCCGAGGCCCCGGAGUCCAGCGAGGGCGAGGACGACGGCCUGCCGGCCUGCGAGGACCUGGAGCUGAACCCCUUCGACGGGCUGCCCUACUCCUCCCGCUUCUACAAGCUGCUGCGGGAGCGGGAGGCGCUGCCCAUCUGGGCGGAGAAGUACUCCUUCAUGGAGAGCCUGCUGCAGAGCCAGGCGGUCAUCGUCUGCGGGGAGGCCAGGUGCGGCAAGAGCUCCCAGGUGCCGCAGUGGUGCGCCGAGUACUGCCUGUCGGUCCGCUACCAGCACGGCGGCGUGGUGUGCACGCAGGCGCACAAGCAGCCCACUGUGCAGCUCGCCCUGCGCGUGGCGGACGAGAUGGACGUCAACAUUGGCCACGAGGUGGGCUACGUGGUCCCGUUUGAGAACUGCUGCUCCAGCGAGACCAUCCUGAGGUACUGCACGGACGACAUGCUGCAGCGGGAGAUGAUGUCCAGCCCCUUCCUGGCCAGCUACGGCGUGGUGGUCCUGGACGACGUGCAGGAGAGGAGCAUCGCCACCGACGUGCUGCUCGGGCUCCUCAAGGGCGUGCUGCUGGCCCGGCCGGAGCUGAGGCUGGUCAUCUGCACGCCGCCCCCGCUGCUCGGCCGGCUCAGCGCGCUCUACGGCGCCGCGCCGCUGGUGCAGGUGCCCGGCGGGCGCCCCGUGGAGGUGGAGCACCUCAGCGGGGCCCCGGGGGACGCCCUGGAGUCCGUCCUGCGCCUCAUCUUUGAGAUCCACCACUCGGGCGAGAGGGGCGACAUCGUCGUCUUCCUGGCCUGUGAACAAGAUAUUGGAAAAGCCUAUGAAAGCGUCUGCCGAGAAGCCUGUCGCCGGGACGCGGACGGCGGCGAGCUGGUGGUGGUGCCCUUGUACCCGAGAGAGAAGUGCGCGCUGUUCAAGCCGCCCGAGGAGACGGAGCGCCGCGGCCCGGCACCGCCGCGGCGAGUGGUGCUGACCGCCAGCCCCGGGGAGGCCCUCAUCGGCAGCAGCUCCGUCCGCUUCGUCAUCGACGUGGGUGUGGAGAGGAGGAAGGUGUACAACCCCCGCAUCCGGGCGAGCUCGCGGGUCCGGCAGCCCAUCAGCCACAGCCAGGCGGAGGCGCGCAAGCGGGUCCUCAGCUCCACCACGUCAGGAAAGCUGUUCCGUCUGUACUCGGAGGAGUUCGCCUCCAGGGACAUGCGGCCGCUGAAGCCGGCGGAGGUGCAGGAGGCCAACCUGACGAGCACAGUGCUCUUCAUGAAGCGCAUCGCCAUCGCCGGCCUGGGCCACUGCGACCUCCUCAACCGGCCAGCCCCCGAGAGCCUGAUGCAGGCCCUGGAGGACUUGGACUACCUGGCGGCGCUGGACAACGACGGGAACCUGUCGGAGUUCGGGAUCAUCAUGUCCGAGUUUCCCCUGGACCCGCAGCUCUCCAAGUCCAUCCUGGCGUCCUGCGAGUUUGACUGUGUGGACGAAAUGCUGACCAUCGCUGCCAUGGUAACAGCUCCCAGCUGCUUCUCGCACCUGCCGCGUGGAGCUGAGGAGGCCGCCCUGGCCUGUUGGAGGACGUUUCUACACCCCGAAGGCGACCACUUCACCCUCAUCAACGUUUACAAGGCCUACCAAGACGCGGCCCUGAGUGCCGCCAGCGAGCACUGCGUGGAGAAGUGGUGCCAGGACCGCUUCCUGAGCUGCGCCGCCCUGAGGAUGGCGGACGCCGUCCGCGCCGAGCUCGUGGAGACCGUGCGGCGGAUCGAGCUGCCCUACGCAGAGCCCGCGUUCGGCUCCCGGGAGAACACGCUCAACAUCAAGAAGGCCCUGCUGUCCGGCUUCUUCAUGCAGAUCGCUCGGGACGUGGACGGGUCGGGCAACUACCUGAUGCUGACGCACAAGCAGGUGGCGCAGCUGCACCCGCUGUCCAGCUACGCGCUCGGCGGGAAGACGCCCGAGUGGGUCCUCUUCCACAAGUUCAGCCUCUGCGAGAACAACUACAUCCGGAUCACCUCCGAGACCUCCCCGGAGCUGUUCAUGCAGCUGGCGCCGCAGUACUACUUCAGCAACCUGCCCCCCAGCGAGAGCAAGGACCUCCUGCAGCAGGCCACGGCCCGCCUGCCCGCCGCCCAAGGGGAGCAGCCGCCCUGCGAGAAGUGCCCCGAGACUACUGAGCAGAGGUGCGCCCUGCAGUGA